AUGGAGGUGGGCCGCGUUUACUGCGGCGGAUAUGCACGCAUGGUGGAAGAGUGCUUUGCAUACGGUGGGCAGCAGGUGAUGUACAUUGGUGACCACAUCUAUGCCGAUACGACGUUCGACCGCAUCAGUGAACCCAUUGAUUGGAUUGUGACUGAACAAGCUUGGGCCUGCUUGAAUCGGUUUUGA